CCCGCCUGGGCUGCUGCUGCUGCUGGCCGCCCCCCGCCUCCCCCACCCUCGCAAGACUCAGCGGCGGCGACGGCGGCGGAGCCCGGGAGACACUCGCUCACCAUGAGCGGAGGCGAAGUGGUUUGCUCGGGAUGGCUCCGAAAAUCCCCCCCGGAGAAGAAGUUGAAGCGUUACGCAUGGAAGAGGAGGUGGUUUGUGCUCCGAAGUGGCCGUUUAACGGGAGAUCCAGACGUAGUACUGGAAUACUACAAAAAUGAUCACGCCAAAAAGCCCAUCCGCAUUAUUGACUUAAACUUAUGUCAACAAGUAGACGCCGGAUUGACAUUUAACAAAAAGGAGUUUGAAAACAGCUACAUUUUUGAUAUCAACACUAUUGAUCGCAUCUUCUACUUGGUAGCAGACAGUGAGGAGGAGAUGAAUAAGUGGGUUCGUUGUAUUUGUGACAUCUGUGGGUUUAACCCUACAGAGGAAGAUAUUGUGAAACCACCUGGUUCUUUGCAGCCCUCAGCUGACUUCCCUUUAGCUGUAAAUACGUCCCCACCCUCUAUGCAGAUGGAUCCAUCCUCUGGCACUCUACCUCCUCCCUAUCAGCUAAUCAAUUUACCAGCACACCUGGAGCCUCUUCCCAUUCAGGAUGAUCCCCAAGACUACCUCUUGCUCAUCAACUGUCAAAGCAAGAAGCUUGAACCCACAAGACCACACGCUGAUUCGGCAAAAUCCACCUCUUCGGAGACAGACUGCAACGAUAAUGUCCCUUCUCAUAAAAAUUCUGCUUCCUCUCAGAGCAAACAUGCGGUGAAUGGCUUUUUUCAACAGCAAACCAUGUAUGACCCUCUACCCUCCCGAGCUGCCUCUGUUUCUAUAGACUCCGGCCUAUAUAAACUGCCCCGGAGUUUCUCCCAUGAUGUCUUACCAAAGACAGCAUCUCCAUUGAGCACCGAGGCGGACGGAGAGCUUUAUGUUUUUAAUACACCAUCUGGAACAUCCUCCCUAGAAACGCAAAUGAGACAUAUCUCCAUUGGUUAUGACAUUCCCCCCACACCUGGGAACACGUACCAGAUUCCAAGGACUUUUCCAGAAGGAGCUUUGGGUCAGACGUCCAAGUUAGAGACGAUCCCAGAUAUUCCUCCACCACGGCCCCCGAAACCACACCCAGCUCACGACCGAUCACCUGUGGAAACAUGUAGCAUUACCCGCACUGCCUCAGACACGGACAGUAGUUACUCUAUCCCCACAGCUGGGGUCCCGCCAUCUCGUAGUAAUACCAUUUCCACUGUGGAUUUGAACAGAUUGAGAAAAGACGCUAGUUCUCAAGACUCCUAUGAUAUUCCACGAACAUUUCCAACUGAUAGAUCUAGCUCACUUGAAGGCUUCCACGGCCACCUUAAAAACAAAAGCAUGUUGACAAUGGGGAGUGUAUCGAGUGAAGAACUGGAUGAAAACUAUGUCCCAAUGAAUCCCAACUCUCCUCCACGACAGCAUUCCAGCAGUUUUACAGAGCCAAUUCACGAAGCCAAUUAUGUGCCAAUGACACCAGGGACAUUUGACUUUUCAUCGUUUGGAAUGCAGGUCCCGCCUCCUGCUCACAUGGGCUUCAGGUCAAGCCCAAAGACCCCUCCCAGAAGGCCAGUUCCUGUGGCAGACUGUGAGCCGCCCCCUGUUGAUAGGAACCUCAAGCCAGACAGAAAAGGUCAAAGUCCCAAAAUUUUAAGACCUAAACCCCAUGGUUUAGAGCGAACUGAUUCACAAACCAUAGGUGACUUUGCUACAAGACGAAAGGUCAAGCCAGCACCACUGGAAAUCAAACCAUUGCCAGAAUGGGAAGAGCUCCAAGCCCCUGUGAGAUCUCCUAUUACUAGGAGUUUUGCUAGAGACUCCUCCAGGUUUCCUAUGUCUCCCAGACCGGAUUCAGUUCAUAGCACAACUUCCAGCAGUGACUCCCAUGACAGUGAAGAGAAUUAUGUGCCCAUGAAUCCAAAUCUGUCCAGUGAAGACCCUAAUUUGUUUGGCAGCAAUAGCCUGGAUGGAGGAAGUAGUCCAAUGGUAAAGCCUAAAGGAGACAAACAAGUGGAAUACCUAGACCUAGAUUUAGACUCUGGGAAAUCAACACCACCACGAAAGCAAAAGAGCAGUGGCUCUGGUAGCAGUGUGGCCGAUGAGAGAGUGGACUAUGUUGUGGUUGACCAGCAGAAGACAUUGGCACUGAAGAGUACCCGAGAAGCUUGGACUGAUGGGAGACAGUCUACAGAAUCUGAAACUCCAACCAAGAGUGUCAAAUGAAGAUACUUCUCCAGCUGCCUUCCAAGAACAGAAGAAACCAGAGUUCUCAAGAUAAUUCCUGGUAACAUAUGGUACAGAGCCACAUCCGCAGCAGUGUUUGACCGAAGAGGACUUGACUGUUCAACUCUGGAUAGACCCUUGAAAUUAAUGGAGUUGAAGUCAAUGGACAUUUCAGACAAAAUCAAGCAAUUGAUUACCCUAAAUGGUGCUUUGUGGUAUCUGAACAAAUUACACAAUGUAAAUAACAUAGAAAAAUAGUAUUGUUUAGCUCCCAGAAAAACAUUUGUUCUCCAGUUAAUACAUUUGUAGUAUUACUAUAUUUAUGCACUUUUUCAGUUAAAAUAUGGGUUCAGGUAUUCCCAGAUAAUGUACCUUAACGCAGUUCUUUUGGGAGUUCUCAUUUUUCCUCACGCUAUUCUAAAUAACAAGUCUAGGUUAAUUAAGCUACAUGUAGAGUGGAAAUUGGUGUCUAAACUUCACUUGUCCAUUUUAAAGUGCAUUAGAAGUAGAUUCACAACUUAAUUGACUACCUGAAACUUUAAAUGGUAAACAGUAGUUUGCUACAUUUUUUUAAUUUAAUGCAAAGCAUAAUUAGGGGCUUACCAUUUGCCCUCCUAACACAUAUGCUAUAAGUUAAUAAUAAUGAACCAUACUGGAUUUAGGGCCUACUAUUCUUCCUUAGACACAUUUAGUUUAGCAGCGGAAUUUCUGUUGUUUUUUGUUUUUGUUAAUGACAGUGUUUGGGGUGCAUUGGGUGAAGAUUCUGCAGGGUAGGAUCUUGCACUUUUAAAAACUCAAUAAUUAAAUAUCAAGUUAGCCUGCAAACCACUGAGGGCAUGCCGUAAUGUUAUGAUUCACAUUUAUUAACAUGUAUUGAUCUUUACAUUAUUUACAAAAGGUAAACAAUAUAUAAAUAAUCAGGUACGUACAAAGCACUGCUGUGCUAAUCACACUGAUCAGGUUUAGACAGUGAGCUUUUAGUCUUACUUAGAAGUCCUGGUAUUUGGUUUCCAACUUGAAAUUAAUGGGACAAUUGACAUUCACUGUUAGUACUAGUAACAUACUGUGAUUUUUUAAGUAGACAGUAAUACAGAUUUAUUAUUCAAUGAAUGGAAAUAACUAUGUUUUGACACCAUAGUGCCCUUUCUAUGAACUUUUAUUUUACUUAAUCUUCUUCUUGGCCUUAUAUUUAAAUCCCUAUGCAACUGAUAUUUUAUAUAUAUACAUUUUUUUAAAAGAACAGAUGCUGUUAUGUAAGUAAUUGCCAUGUGUGACACCUGUUGCUUUUCCAGUAGAGGAUGUAAAGGUUUUUUGUACUGUGAUUUUUAUUCACUGCCCCAAUUCCAGGUAUACUUGGAGCCUCAGUCUAACAUGACUUGCUAGAAUGGGGAAUUCAGCUUUGGGCACCCAUAAUUAGGUUUGUUCUUGAGAGCACCAGAAGAACUUCGAGAUAACAUUAUCUCUCAUCUUAAACUUGGUCCUGUACCAUGAGUACCAAGGUGAUGGCAUUAAAGUCAGACUACAAUGUAUUAACCUGCCUUGGUUUAGAAACAUGAUUUAGUUAUCAGGAGGAAACUACCAUCUUUACCUAAUGGACAUAUAUAAGGCCUAGUAUAUAUGGAAUGAAAAGUACUAACAUGGAGGAGGGAGAGCAAAAGAGGAAGAGAGAAGACUAAGUCCCCAGCUGUAAGACAUCUCUCCCUUCUUGUAUCCAGAUCUCUGACUGUUGCCUCAUUAAACGAUUGUGUCCUGUUUUCUAGCAUGUUGGCCUUACUACUGUGCCUAAUCAGCUUAGUGGAUUUUUCCCCUUCAAUCCACAGUGUAUAAAUUAUCCUAAUAAGGUGGCUUGUAGAACUAGUAACAUUUUGAUGCUUUCAAUGUUUGCUUCUUUUUGGAAAAAAAAAACCACAAAAAACUAAAACAACAAAAAACUAAACCCGGGACAUACUUUAUAAGAUGAUUUUAAAAAAUAAAUCAGAUUGUUCAAGAGUGAUGUGUUAACCUGUUUUGCCAUGGAACCAUAAAAUAAAGGCUAAGUGCUAUGAAAUGUGCCUAAACUACCCAAACAUAGUUAGUUGGUCUGUGAAAAUACUAAAUUGUGUUGCCUGGUACAUGUGAUUUAAAUCUUAAAACAUUUUCAAGGAGAAGUUAAAGAUAACUGAGAAAUAGGAACUGUAUGGUAUUUUUUCAAUUGUGUCUAAGAUCUCAAGCUAUGGUGAAAAAAUGUGAUAGUUUCUUUUCUGCAUAACUUUGUCAAGUUAUUCAUUAUUUCCCCUAGGAAUGCAGCACUCCCAGCACAUCAUAGUUGUGAGUGUUUUCCCAUCACGCAGGGUGAGCACUUGGUACUUGAAAUAUUUUAGGAAGACAGUUUGCUGUAGGAAAUUUAACAUCCACUAAAAAUUUUCUUGCCAAUAUUAAAUGAAAACAGAUGAAAUUCUCCUGGAAAGUGAGUCUGGUGCUAAAUCAAUCAGUGGUAUUGUGGAAGUCCAAGAACACUGUGCUGGCUUUGGGUAUUUCAGCUGUCUUUUUUCCGCGUGAUCAGUGUUCAUAAAAUGUUAAAUAUGUAUUUUAAACAUUAAAAAUAAUUUUGUUAAUGUCUUGCUUUCUAAGCAACUACUACAUGUCAUGCAGGUGUCUGGUGUUUCAAAAUUUAAUCUUUAUUUACAUUUUUAAAAAAAUCAAAUUUUUACUCUCCUGACUUUCAAAGGAUUUAAGCUAUUUGAACCCACAGUGGGCAUCUCUUAGUACAGUUUUUAAGCUGUCAGUGGUAAUGUUUUUGUCUGUACUCCAGCCAAUUCCAUGUACACACAAAUAUAUCAAUACCACAUGAACAACUGUGAGCAGAAUAGAGAAUACUACGCAGAUACUCUGAGGUACAUAGUUAUAUAUAGGCACUUGUGACUUCUAAUUAAAAAAAAAACUAUAUGCAACAGAAGUAAUAACAGACCAAAUUUAAUUUGUUGUAUAAAUACUGCAGUGCACAAUUCAAUCAUAAUUCUCCCUGGCCUGGCUUUUUUUCCCCUCAUACUAGGACAAAUGAAGUUAGAAUGGUUUUUGAAAUAUGUUAAUUGUGAAUGUUAGAAAGCUGAAUAUAUAACAUCAGUUUUAUUCCCACCAGUGGAAAGUUACCAUUGUAUACCUUUGAAUCUUAAAGGUUUAUGGCUAUGUAAUAUUUCUGGGAUAUGAAGUAGAACAUGCCCAGCUGCUUCCAAACAUCCUUAAUGCCUCCUUAUUUUUCCUCAUUGAAAGUGCUGAAAUAAGUAUUUUAUAGUGCUAUGCAAAGCCUUUAACGUUUAGAAACAGUGAGAGAUGGGAUGAUGGCUCUAGUUUUAUGACUUGACCAUGGACAGUGGAAGGGAAGGCCUACCAAGUAAUGAUGGGUAAUAUAAGUGUGAAUGAACAAAUCAAGCAUAUACAUAUAUGUGUGUAUGCCUAUGUAUUUAUAUAUGUAUAUAAAUAUAUGUAUUUUUAUACAUAUAAUUUCCCAUAACAGCACAGUUACUGUUAACAAUAUCCUCAUUUUUAUAAAUGUUAUGUGUGGUGUUGUCAGAAAAAAAUUGUAUUUCAUAGCUAUGAUAAGAUGAGCUUUGACCCAGUUUACUAACUGAAUUUGGCAUUUUUGCUUUAAUCAUUUUGUAGAUGUAUUUACACGGACAUAUCAGCAGUACCUCAUAAAAAUCUAUACAAGAAUUGCCAUUCUGAGGAAGGCCAGCGGCCUGUUCAGUUCAUUAUUCUGUCUCUGACAGUAUCUCUGGAGUUGUUGGUUUGUAGGGAGGCGGUGGUUGGCCUCUCUGAGGACAACCUCAGAAAGUUAGGAAGUACGAUGUAACCACGAUUCAAUUCCCAAUUCUCUGUCCUUUUCCAAUAUGUCUGCAGGUAAAGUUAGGCCAUGUAAUUCAUGAAUAUUCUAGUCAUUCACAUGUAAAUAUGUUUCCUGAGAAGAAAUUAAUCUUUCCUGGUUGUGAUGUAGAAACAAAGCUUCUGAUUGCUAUUUUGUUGAGAGGUCUCUUGGAGAACUACCCUGUUCACAGAAACUUAGGGGUAGUAUGACUUCAGAAAUGUUAUGUAUUUUAAAAGGUGGUUGAGUGACAGGUUACAGUUCCUUACUGUUGAGCUAAUCUGGUAACAUGUCCCUAAACUUAGCCAUUUUAACACUAAGUAAAAUUAUUUUUCUUAAAGGUUAUUAAAAUAAAUGGAAAACUGUAAAAAAAAAAACUCAAAGCAAAGUUUCCAAGCUUGUUUCUCUAAUCUGUGUUUGGCCAAAGACCAGGUUUUUAAAUUUUUUAUUUUACUACUCUUGUUUUAUUAAAUUGCUGCCUCUGACAAGU